AUGAAAAAAAACUAGCCACACCUUUAGAGAAACUCAAAAAGUUUUAGCGACUCCAAGUAAAUUGAUCGAAGGAAAAAUUCCAAAGAAGCUAAAUAAAUUUUUUGUCAAAAAUGUAAUCUCUCAAAAUAUCUAUACUUAAAUGGCAGAUGCAGUGAAUUUAUUAAAAAAACCUGUCUAAGUUAAAAUACUAUCCAAUAAAUUCAAGAAUAAUUAGGAUUAAAUUAUAUUCAAAUUCCAGUGACUUUGCAAUUUAUUUUAAACGUUAGAUCUCAACUAAAUAAAUCUGAUAAAAGAAUUAAGUGA